CUGGCGCUGUACAUGCUCUUAAGCCCAACCCAAAAUCAGAAUAAAACUAAAAUAAAAUAAUUUCACCGCAAUACACAAUCGCUUCCCGUUUCCCGUCCUCCCCUCCCCUCUCUUCUUCUUCUUCCUCAGACUCUUGUUCAGUUUCGUUUUCUUCAUUUGAUUGGUUCUUGCUCUUCAUUUUCAUUUUUUUCCAGUUCUUCUUGUGUAUCCAGUUACCCAGCCCUCCCCCUUCUUCGGCCCUUCUUCUUCCUUUUCAGUUCGUCUUCUUCGGAAGCUGAUGCUUGAGGUGUUAAAUAUCAGCAUUUGGUCAUUUUGAAGAGAAUCUCCACACAGUAUGCAGAGAAGAAUAAUAUGGAAAACUUACAAUUUUACAAGAUUUUAUUGUCAACUUGAUCAAAAGGCGUGUUUUGAAUCAGAGAGAACCCUUACCUUAGUAGGUGAUUCAGAUGAUCCUUUGUAUGCGGAUGUACCGAGACCUCCAAGAAAAAUGUCAGAGAGGAAGCCUUAUCCUACACCCAUGAAGGUUUUGAUUCAAAGAGCGAAGGAGGAGAAAGAAGCCCGAAAGGCCCAGCCUUGUAGGAUGCUUGAAGAACCUCCUGAUAAUGGAUUGUUGGUCCCUGAAUUGGUUGAGGUGGCUCAUCAAGUUUACCGAGCUCGACAAUCGGUCCUGUUUGGCUUGUCAAAGCUUCUUCAAGUUGUUCCUGUCCAACGGUGCAGGUUUUGCUCCGAAGUUCACAUUGGCCAUGCGGGUCAUGAAAUCCGAACUUGCACUGGCCCAAAUAGUGGUUUUCGGAGUGCUUCACAUGUUUGGAAGAAGGGAGGAGUUCAAGAUGUGGUUUCCUUUCCUAAAUGCUUCCAUCUUUAUGAUCGUGUUGGAAAACCAAGAGUUGGGCAUGACGAGAGGUAUCGAAUCCCACGGAUCCCUGCCAUUUUGGAGCUCUGUAUACAGGCUGGUCUAGAGAUUGACGAGUACCCAACAAAGAGAAGAACGAGACCUGUAUAUUGUAUUGAAGGAAGAAUUGUGGACUUUGAGAUGGUUAACAAAAUGGAUGAAAUGGAUAGAAACUCAUAUCCUGGGAUUGUUGAUACCCUAGUAGAUCCUGAUGUAGGAACUAAUAUGGAAGAAUUGAGAAAUUCAGCUUCACCGAGUCAUACUAACUGUGUAGAUAAAUCAAGUGAUAAAGUGGGGAAAUCUUUGACCGAGUUGAGUAGUACUACAAUGGGCUCAUGGUUUGAGAUGAUAUCCGGAGCAAAGAAUAUCAUGGAGAAAUACAGUGUGAAGACUUGUGGAUAUUGUUUAGAGGUCCAGGUGGGUCCCAAGGGGCACAAAGUGAGGAUGUGCAAGGCAUCAAAGCAUCAAUCUCGUAAUGGUUUGCAUGCAUGGCAAGAAGCAACAAUAGAAGAUUUUGUAGGUCUGAACUAUGUUUGGCAUGUCCGAGACGUAAAUUGUCCUGCUCUGGAUAACAACCUAAAGAGGUAUUAUGGCAAGGCUCCAGCUGUGGUGGAGCUAUGUGUGCAGGCAGGUGCACCUGUUCCGGAUGAAUAUAGGAGUAUGAUGAGAUUAGAUGUGGCUUCCCCUGAACGUGAUGAGGUUGAUCUUGUUGCUUGAUAUAAAGUUCCUGUAUGCAGAUGGAUGUGAUAUACUAAAGAGAUGUUAAAAGGGGUUCUGCUGCUCUUCCAUAUUGUGUCUGAAAGCUGCGAGUAAUUAGAGGGGAGGAAAGCUUAUUCGAAGACAUUUCUACUUCCAUAUUGUCUUAGAAAUGUGUGUGUUCUCUCUGCAGGUUUAGGUAGUCCAUAGGUUAAUUUGAUUGCACUGCCCUUACUUCUGUAGUUUCUGUUGCUCGAAUUUGUCGAGCAAAAGAGAGAACUAGUCUCAGAGGUAUGAGCAUACAUGUAUGCAUAAUAAAUCAUUUUUUAGGUCAUCAUAGUAACAUUACGAGGUAAUUUUAGACAUAAGAAGGAUACAACCUUUAUGCA